UUGAGGACCAUUCCUCUACUACCCCCCAACCUUGUCGAACCAGUCCAUACUGUCUUAGUCCGUGUCAAUACAUUGAGUACAUACAGAACGGCGAAAGUACUGCUCGUUUCUAAUUUACUGUAACAUAGGUCCGGUGCUCAGAUUUUUGGUCUGCGAAACGUUUAUCACGGAUAAACGCGGUCAGCGCCGAACAAUAGGGCAGAGUCUCGAUACCCGCUAUUCCACCGAUCGUCUUGGGUCAUUGUUACCGUUGCGCACUUGCGUGUUCCGUCUGAUUGAGCAUUUGAAGAUCAAAAUCCUGUACGAUGACGACCAACGAUCUGAAACCACAAUGUGACCCCGACGACGAAAUCGUCGUCGUCACUGCCAACUCGUCCACCAACUCUGCUGAUACUGUGACCACCAGCUCCGUGAAUACCGCCACUACCACAAUCCUGGACUUGCCAACCGAAUUGAUUGAGUAUAUUUGCUGCUAUGACUCGUUAAAAUUGAUUGACGUCUUUAACCUUGCUGUUUCACAUUCCAAACUCAAAAACUCCUUGUUCCACGAACGAAACUAUUGCCUCUGGAAAUCCAAAUUCAUACAAAAAUACGGUUUGUUGGACGACGAGGAAUAUAGAGUUGUUAUCGACGAACAAAACACUUGGAAAGACGAGAUCAUGUUGCGAAUGAGUUUGGAUAAAGCAGUACCCGCUGAAAUUAUACAAAUGCCAUGCAAGUACAUGAAGUUUAGAAAUAUACCAUAUCAUUCAUAUCCGUUUAAUCAAUAUUUGCACUCAAAAAAUGAAGGCCAUAGAUAUUAUAUUCUAUCAGCGAUUGUAGCUUAUUAUAAGCAACUACAGAGUAACAAAUGCAGUUAUGAAAAUUAUGAUCUAUUGUACAUGGCACAUCAAUUUCUUAUGUAUUCGUGCCAAGUAUAUUUUGGUUACAAGUUACGGAAUUUCUUAAGUUUACCACCGGCAGAACAAAUUGUUGAAAGAGGAUUUUACUUACUUGAACGUUGUUGGUGUCCUACAGUUGACGUACCAUAUCGCGAUAUAAACAAAAGUUUAAAUGAUAUGGCUAUUGAUGUGUGUAAUCGCAUUCGUUCAGCAAACCCAAUCCAUCCUCUGUUUGCAAAUGAAAAUUGUUUGAAACAAGUGGUUGAACGAGGAAAAUGUAAUCUUGAUCAUGAUUUAUUUGAUGAAACCAGCACAAUGUUUAUACUUGAAAACAUAAGUCAAAUCAUAUUUUCAGAAAAUCAACUGGUUUGUCAUUGUAACAAUGACUUAAAUUGCUUUUUUUUGCAGAAGGUUAUUGAACGGAGAAAAGGUUCUGUAUUUUUGUUGUGUGUAAUAUUUGAAUCGGUUGCUCGACGAUUAGGAGUAAAAGUUAUAAUAACACCAACUGCUUACAGUUGUAAAGACAGUUAUGUAUCCUGGUCAUCUUCAUGGCCGGGAAACAAAUGUAAGAACCCUACAUGCUACGUGGUAGAUAUCGCUGGUGUCUUGCGGAAGGUUAGUUCAGUCUCAGGAAAAUUGCAAGAACAGUAUAUUGGAAAUUCUAUACCUGACUUGUUUUGGAAAUUUAGUCAAACCAUUAAAUAUGUCUGUGCGACAAAUAAAUAUUUUUGGGAUUUCGAAACAUUCUUAAGACCUGAUGAUUCUGAUCUGAAGUCUCUAUGUGGAAAACUACUUGAGCUUUGUGGCUAUUGUCGAUGUCCCUUACUCAGAAGUCCGGCUAAUCCCUAUGCUCCAAACCAUGAAGAUGAGGAGAACAAUAUUCACAAAUAUGAGAAUGGCAUAUUUCCCUUAGAACCAAGAAGACGUGGUAAGAGUACUGAUCCUAAAUUUUCGAUUGGGAUGAUAAUUGAAGUUCUUAGCACUAAAUCAAACAACGUCAUUAGUCAGGGUAUUAUUGUGGGCUGGGAAAGUUUGGCCGAAAACAACUCAUCUCCAACAACAUCAUAUUAUGCGCUCGCUAAACCUUUGACGGGGAGAUACUAUGAAAGCCCUGAAAUCUUCGGAUGUCAGGAAAACAGAAAUGAAAAAUUGCAGCGACAACUCAAACCAGACGAUUACAGGUCCAUGAACAUUGGCAAGUUCUUCACACAUUACAGUCAUGAGUUGUGCGCUUUUGUGCCAAUUAAUAGUUUGGCACAACUUUACCCCGAUGAUCUAUCUUGCACUUCUGUUUAAUAUUAUAAUAAAUAUGUAAUACAUAACAAUAUAUAAUAUUAUGUAAA